AUGUUCUCUCUCCGCCCUGCGCGUCUGCGUCCCACUGCCACAUUCCACCGCAGCUUUGCACUCCAGAGCAACUACGAUCACCUGAAAGCCUGGAUGACAGGAGCUCCACAGCCUUUGGACGUCGCGUCCACAAAGUUCGAGACGCUGUCGUUAGAAUUUCUCCACGACUCGAAUGUCCUGCACUUGAAGCUCGAUCGUCCAGAGGUUUUCAAUGCCAUGAACAUGCACAUGUGGGUAGAACUCGCGCAAGCCUUUGAAAUGGUCGAGCGCGAUCCAAGUGUCAAAGCCGUUGUGGUGUCGGGCGAAGGUCGUGGCUUUACGAGUGGCAUGGACCUCGACGUGUUUGCUCAGAUGCAAAAGAUCGCGGGUGAAGAGUCUUGUCAAGGACGCACACGAGAGCGUCUCAUGCGUAUGAUUGACCAGUUCCAGCGCGUCAUUUCCGCACCGGAAACGUGUCGGGUGCCAGUGAUUGCAGCAGUGCACGGCCCCUGCAUUGGAGCGGGUGUGGACUUUAUCACAGCGUGUGACUUGUGCUACGCUGACGAAAGUGCUCGUUUUGCCGUGAAGGAGGUGGAUCUAGCGAUCAUCGCAGAUAUCGGUACGUUGCAACGACUGCCCAAGCUAGUGGGUGAGCGCCGCGCGAAGGAACUAGCAUACACGGGUCGCAACGUCAACGGACUCGAAGCGGAGAAGCUUGGUCUUGUGCUGAAGGCAUUGCCUGAUCAUGAUGCGCUCAUGGGUCACGUUGCAGACGUGGCGAAGGUCAUUGCCAAGAAGAGCCCUCUCACGAUACGCGGCAUCAAGCAAACGAUCCACUACCAACGGGACCACUCGACGGCCGACUCGCUGCUGCAAAUCCGCUACCAUAACGCAUCGGUGCUGUAUAGCGACGACUUGACGCAGGCUGUGGGCGCGAUGAUGAAGGGGACGGAGCCGACGUUUCGCGACGACUAG